CACGUCUUCUUCGGCGCGUGUUUUUGCGCCAGCUGCAGCCGCUUUACGUCAGCCGUAAAGCAAUGGACUAGAUGACAAUAAUGAUAGGAGAUAACUGAACCCUGUAACGCUACUUUACGGGAUUUCGUCCAUCUGAAGCGGUUCGUUCCCCUUUGAGUUCACUAUUUUCAAUUUACCAAACCCCUCCCUCGUCGCCACGUCUCAGUAAAAGGCUUUAUUAGGACUCAGUGUCGCUCUGUGAGGCGAGAGACGCGACGGGAGCCAGUGGAAGAAGAAUCGCUUUUAGCCAGUCAUUGCCAUGGCCUCCGAAAGCGGCGAGAGCAACAUGGAUAGAGAAAUGAUCCUGGCCGACUUUCAGGCUUGCACUGGAAUUGACAACAUUGCAGAGGCAAUCACUCUGUUAGAGCUUAAUAACUGGGAUUUAGUGGCAGCCAUCAACGGAGUGAUACCACAGGAGAAUGGGAUUUUACAAAGUAACUUUUCCAGUGAGGCGAGCCAGUCCAGCAUGUUCGGUCCUCCGAGCCAAUCAGAAGCAGCCGAUGCAGCAGCAGGAGGUUCAGUUCCUCCCCCCUCCUCUUCGUCUUCGUCCUCCUCUCCUGCAUCGUCCUCGACUUCAGCUUUUUGCCCCGUCAACCCCACCUCCCGACACAUUGUAGAGCGCCAGCCCCGGAUGCUCAACUUCAGGGUGGAGUACCGGCAGCGCACUAUAGAGCUGGUACUGGAGGAAGGCAGCACAGUCGGAGAAAUCAAACAAAUCCUCGAGACAGAGCUUGGGAUUCAAGCGUCCAAAAUGCAGCUGAAGGGAUGGAAGAGCGGAGAUGUAUCCGAUAGUACGGUGAUGAGAAGUUUACACCUGCCCAAGAACAACAGCCUGUAUGUCCUGACUCCAGACAUCGCCCCUACUGCCAGCACCAGCAAAAACAGCGAUCUCCCAGAUUCGUUAAACCAGAACUUCCUGUUGGUCAUCAGCCACCGCGAGGCCCAGAGGGACUACAGUCUCAACUUCCCCGGCUCCAGAACCAUACAGGAGGUGAAGAGAAACGUUUCCGACUUGACCAACAUCCCAGUCCGACAUCAACAGUGGGACGGGUGGCCCGUGUCAGCGUCCGAUGACUCUAUGACGCUAGCUGUCUCUGGGAUCAGCUAUCCUUGCCAUCACCUCAGUGUUUGCCGAAGGUCCUCACCAGCCAAUUCCCAGGAACCCACAGAAGAGUGUGCAGAUGUCCAUAUGGUCAGCGACAGUGAGGGGGAUGAUUUUGAGGAUGCAUCAGAGUUUGGUGUGGACGAUUCAGAGAUGUUUGGAAUGGGCUCUUCUACCUGUCGGAAGGCACCUAUGAUGCCAGAGAAUAGUGAGAACGAAGCUGAUGCCUUACUGCACUUUACUGCCGAAUUUUCUUCAAGGUAUGGAGAGACCCACCCAAUGUUCUUCAUUGGGUCUUUGGAGGCGGCGUCUCAAGAGGCCUUCUAUGGCAAAGCCAGAGAUAGAAAGCUUCUGGCCAUCUACCUCCACAAUGAUGACAGUGUCCUCAGCAACGUCUUCUGCUCCCAAAUGAUGUGCGCUGACUCCAUUGUCUCCUACCUGAGCCAGAACUUCAUCACAUGGGCCUGGGAUGUCACUAAAGAAGCUAACAAAGCCAGACUACUCACCAUGUGUACGAGGCACUUUGGCAGUGUGGUGACACAGACCAUACGGACAUACAAGACAGACCAGUUCCCCCUGCUCCUUAUAGUCAUGGGCAAACGCACAUCCAAUGAAGUUCUAAAUGUUAUUCAAGGCAAUACGACAGUGGACGAGCUGAUGAUGAGGUUAAUGGGAGCAAUGGAGAUCUUCACAGCACAACAACAAGAGGACAUCAAAGAUGAGGACGAGCGUGAGGCGAGAGAGACCGUGAAGAGAGAACAGGACGAGGCCUACCGCGUGUCUUUAGAGGCUGACCGUAAAAAGAGAGAAGCCCAAGAGAAAGAAGAGGCCGAGCAGGUUCGCCUGGAACGGAUGAGAAAGGAGCAGGAGGAUGAGAAGGAGGCAAUCCGCUUGUCAUUGGAGCAGGCCCUACCGCCAGAGCCCGACGAGGAUUCAGGAGAGCAAAUCAGCAAACUGCGAGUCCGCACACCAAGUGGCCAGUUUCUGGAAAGGCGUUUCCAGGGCAGCUGUAAGCUUCAGGUCCUCUUCGACUUUGUGGCCUCCAAGGGGUACCCCUUCGAAGAGUUCAAGCUCCUCACCACCUUCCCUCGUAAAAAUAUCACCCAGUUGGAUCCGGGGUCGACUCUGCUGGAGGCCAAGUUGUUUCCGCAGGAGACGCUCUUUCUGGAGGCUAAAGAAUAGGAACUGGUCCUCUGAUAGCUGAGAGGACCGACUGACUGACUGAUGAACUGGCUGGACACACACUAGUCACCGAGCAUGGGCCCCACCAGUCCGGGCCUACACACACACACACACACACACACACACACACACACACCAACACACACCAACACACAAAACCAAUCCUCUCAGACGUACAUAGACACACUGGCAUGCACGUCCAGUGACACACAAGUGCAAGUAAGCUUCUCUGCCCUCGGCCUGGUCGUGGCACAUGAAUGCCUAGUGUACACGUGUUGCACAGAGGAGCAAAGACAGUAUCACAAGCACACAGCCAAACAUUCACCUCCCCCAAACCUCUCUCUCUCUCUCUCUCUCUCUCUCUCUCUAUCUCUAUCUCUCUCUCUCUCUCUCUGUCUCUCACAUUUCACCUCUCCACGUUCCCCGACAACACAGUACAAUACCAGAAUCGAGAGACUGAAAAGACAAAUCUUUGUCACAGGAAAAAAAAAAAAAAAAAAAAACUUGGACUUGUUCCCCUUGUGUCCACAUUCAACACACCAAGGCUGCUUUUUUAGAACAUGUUUUUUUUGUGUUUGAAAUCAGAAAAAUGCUAAAAAAAAAAAUGGAAAUAAAAUAAACAGCAAAGAAGAGAUGUUGCCUGGCAGAAGUCAGGGCUGUUUCAUCUCCACCUGUAUUUCCUCCCUUAACCUUCCCAAACUCCACUUUCUGUCCCCUCCCGCCCCGUCUUCCACCCCUGCAUCCCUCCGUCUGCUGUCUUUGGUGGGGAUGAGACGUGAUGGGACACCUGCAGCAUCUGCAGUGUCCCCUCAGUCUCCUUUCCACCUGGUUUUAACACCCACUGCUCCACAGGCCAGCGGAUUGCUCAGUUUUCAGUUAUUAUUUUUCUUUUUUUUUUUCUCUUGAUCCUUUUUAAGUUUGAUGCUGUAUUAGUUUUAGUUUGAUAUACAUUAUAUAAAAUAUAUGAAUA